UGGGGCUGGGGUACGGCACACGGGGUUUGCAUUUUCACGUGAGCAUAUGCACGUGAAUUGCUACCGCAUCAUCAAAAAUCUUGAACAGAUAAUCAUCCCACUACAUCAAUAAUGGCUGAUAAACUUCCCUUCAGCGUGCGUGCUACCGACGUCGUCCACCGUGUGACUGUUCUCGGAUUAGUUGGUAUCUGUGUGGUCGGUAUUGGUAGUAUUACUUUCAAUAUUUGGGCCAACUCCGACUAUGGAUUGAACAAGAAUAAGUUGACUUUCCAAAAGGCAGACUACGAGGAGGCACGUAAGAAGUCCGACGAAUAAGCAUGUCAAAUACAACUACUUCAUCUUCCAGAACUUUCCAUCACCAAGUGAUGCUGUACAUAGGAUAAUACAUGAUAUACAAGAAGACAAGUAGAACAUAAGGGUGGCUACUAGGGAGUGCUAGUACGUCAAGUAGGAAUGCUAGAAUAUCGGGGUAUUGAACGACUCUUGACAUAGUGAGUUCCAGGAAAUAUUCGUUGAGAAACUGCU